AUGAAGACAAAAAUCAAUUAUAUUGUGGAUGGAAGUGAAUCAUGGGAAGAGGGUAAUUUUGAAUUGAAUGGUGAAAAUCGUGAUUUUAUCAUAUCAUUUCGUCCUGUACUGGUCAUCUAUCAUCAAUGUGGUCAACUAAAACGGAAAAAUGCAACAUAUCGUCGAUUUAUUAUUAAAAUUCCUGAACAAUUUAUUAAUAGCAAUGAAUCAUUUCAUAUUGGUACUAUUAAUUUGGAAUUGUAUUAUCCAGGUCAAAAAGAUGGCAUCAAAUUUAUUCAUUUCAAUAAACCGCUCGAAAUUAGUGGUAAAUUAUUUUGUGCCGGCGACCAUUACAAUGUAUCAACAAGUGUUGUACGAUUGUUUUCAACUGAUAAGCAAGAAGUGAAUAGUUUUAUCACUGAACAACAACCAAAUAAUGAAGGAUCUUUUCGACUAUCCAGUGGACAGACAAUUCUUCAGAAACCUAUUUUAGUGAUAAAUCAUCAAUGUGGUAUGACAUUUUAUGAACGACAAAAGGAUAUCUACCGACAGUUUACAAUUUACAUCCCGUAUUCCUACUACAAUUCAGGAAGAAUCGGUUUGAAGAUAUUUCAUAUCGGUCAACUCGGCCUUCACAUCAACUAUCCCAAUGAAAAGAACGCACCACUUAUCGAUAUAACAACAUAA